CCCAAGUCUCUGGAGGAGUUGGAGUGGCCCCAGCCCUGUGCCUUAUCAAUUGAGUUGGUCUCAACUCCUGCUUGUGCCUGUCACUAUGGAAAUGGCCCUGCUUUUUAUCCUCUUUUGGGGCUUCUGGGCCCCAGUGAUGACCACACUAACUCCAGAGACUUUGCUGACACCUGCUUCAGAAAAGCUCUUGACUACUGAGGUGCUGCUCAGCUCAGCCGUCUCCAUAGGGCCAAUAGCAAGGGACCCUAAAGAGACUGGCAGCACCUCAAACCUGACCUCAAGUCCAUCUUCCCCAACUCCCUUUGGAAUCAAUGACUUGCCUCUUUUGGGGACUUCUACUGGUGAACCUGAGUCAACAACCUCCCAGGAUGAUGCCACUAAGAAGUCAUCGGUGCUCCCAGAAACCUCUAACGCAACUGGUGACUCUGCAGUUGGAGACUCCAUUGUGAGAGGCGGAAUCAUGACAUUUAGCUCUCUGAAGCCCUCCAAUGGGACCAAUGGACCCCCUGUUACCGCAGCAACCAGCUUUCUAGAGUCCAUCAGUGAGACUAGUGGACCCCCUGUUGCAAUGGCAACAAGCUCUAUGAAGCCCUCUGAAGAGACUAGUGGACCCUCUGUCACCAUGGCAACUAGUUCUCUGGAGCCCUCCAAUAAGACCAGUGGAGCCUCUAUCACCAUGGCAACUAGUUCUCUGGAGCUCUCCAAUGAGACCAGUGGACCCUCUAUCACCAUGGCAACUAGUUCUCUGAAGCCCUUCAAUGAGACCAGUGGACACCCUGUUGCUAUAACAACCAGUUCUCUGGAGGCCUCCAGUGUGGCCAGUGACUCGCCAGUCUCCAGCAUAAAAAUAUCCAUAAAGACUACCCUAAAGCCGCUUAUGAACACAAGCCCUGGGCCUUCCCCAGCUCCAGUCCAGGGGUCCAAUGGCAUGCUGCUGGUGCCAGUGCUUGUGGCUCUGUUGGUGGUCGUAGUCCUUGUGGCCCUUCUCCUGCUGUGGCGCCAGCGGCAAAAGCGGCGGACAGGAGUCCUGACACUGAGCAGUGGCACAAAGCGCAAUGGGGUGUUGGAUGCCUGGGCUGGGCCGGCCCAGGUUCCUGAUGAGGAGGCCAUGGCAGCAAUAGCGGGAGGGUCUGGGGGUGACAAGGGCUCUGGGGUCCCCGAGGUAGAAAGGUCUGGCCAGCGGCCUGCGCUCACCACUUUCUUCAGCAAACGGAAGUCUCGCCAAGGCUCCUUGGUGAUGGAGGAACUAAAGUCUGAGUCUAGCCCUAACCUAAAGGGGGAGGAAGAGCCACUGGUGGGCAGUGAGGAUGAAGUCGUGGAAGGCCCUACCUCCAAUGGGCCAGAAGUGGGGGAUGGGGCUGUGCCUCAGACCUUGUGAAUAACAGAAUAGAGGUCAGACUCCUUGCUAGCUUCCAUCACCUUCCCUCUUAGCAUGACUACCAAUCCCAUCCUCCCCAGCACCUUCUAGAUUCCCACCCAGCAUCCUUACCUGGAAUCGUCACCCAGCUUCUCAAUCCUGGAUGCUGUAGCCAGCAUGCUUACCACACCCACACCUAGCACCCUGGGCUUCAUCUGCUGAACAUUUGUGCACUGAUUGUAUCAACCAUCCUCAUCAACCCCUCCCUUUACCCUUUAUCACCAUCUCUUUUUUUUUUUUGUCCUUGAAACCAACUGCUGAGUCUCCAUGCUACCAACUUUACUUGACCGAUGAUUCACCAAGGACCACCAUGGAGAUGCCAGCGUCUGGGAAGAAGGGAAUGACAAGACGGAAAACUCCCUGGGAUUAAACUUUGCAAAGUACACAGGAUCCUCUAGUGAGGACAGUCCUGCUGGACCAGCCCAUGAGCCUCCAUUUGCUCUGGGCCAGCCUGGAGUCUGGGCUGGGUGGGGCUAUCCAGCUGUUCUUUUGGUGGGCCAGUGACCUUCCUUAGAGCCACCCUGAUUCUGAGUUGGCUCAAGACACCGCACUCUUCCUACCUAUGGCCUGAAGCUGUCUGAAGCUUCCUUACUCACAGAGAUGAGGAGAGUUCCUGGCCAGGUGUAGUUCUCAGAAGCCCAAGCAUCUUCCUAGGUCCACUCAGGGGUAUUUGUGUGCAAGAGGCUAGGAUUUGGUGAUGUUUGUGAAGAGUGGUGGUGAGUAAGACAGUGUGAGGGAGGGAAAGAGACUGGGGGAACUGUCACUCUCAGGGACCGCUGAAACUAUAGAUGCCCUGGUCUUUGCUCACAUGGGGGAAGACACAACAAAAAAGUAACUGUCUGUAGCCCUCAAAAGAAUGCAGGCUUGACAGAAAAACAAAUGUGUGACCAAGUAUGGGCUUUUCAACUCAGCCACCAUAUCCUUCUCUUUAAGGUCCUUCAGACUGUCACAUGCAGGUGUGCACAGAGGCAGGGCAAGGAGUCCACCUCAGCAGUAGGCAAAAAUCACUGGUGUUGCUGAUACCUCCUGGCCUCCCAUGUUCAAUUUGUCUGUCCGUGUCUUUUCCAUUCCUUGGGCUGAGCUCCUUCCCUUCUCAGUGAGAGGGAGGAAAUCAGAGAAAUGGGGGAAGUGACUGCCCCAGGGUUUUCCCCACAUCUGGGGUGGAGAAAGGGGAUCAGACCAUGGUACAGCCCAAGGAGACACGUGGGCCAAAGGUGGUUGAUGUUUCUUUGCAUGCAAAGAGGAAGCUGUUGAAUCAGGGUGCGGGCGCUGAGAGCAGACAGUGACCUACAAAAUCCUAUGUAGGAGCCAUGUGAGUGUGACUGCAUGGAUGGAAGGGGAAGGCCAGAGAUGGGGUGGUGGUCAGCUGGCGAAGUCGGAGAAGGGAAGAGAGAGAAGUGGCAGAAAUCUGCCACCACACCAAGCUUGGUUUCCAUGCUUGGUCUGUGGGGAAGGGCUGAGCUGAGCUGGAAAUCCGGCUGGCCAGGCUGGGCACCCUCGGGCCACAUUGAGCACUUUGCCUGCGUCUCUCAAGGUGGUACUUGGACUCACUGUAGCACAAGUGGCAGAAGUCUAUUACAAAAGUCCCUUAGGGAACCAGCAACUGUUGUCUAAGAUUUGUGAAACCAAGUGUCAAAAUUUCAGGUUUAGAAAACACUGUCACCACUCUGAGGUCAUCUGCUUCAUCCGCCUUCCACUAAUUUUCUGAACUGUUACUGGUUUUCAGUCCUGGGAAAAUUCCAAAGAAAACAGUGCGAGGAUGGGGAAGGCACCCCAUAGUGACUUCAAUCUAGAAAAUGUCAAAAAUGCUGUGAGUAUUUAGACAGAAGCACAAACAAAAUGUCACGAAUGCCCAGAGAGAAGGAAGAGCUUGUCCCCCGAGGGGAGAGCUUGUCCCAGGGUCUUUGCCUUGCUCAUUGCUGUCUUCCUGGCCGAUACUGUACCUGGCAGGUAGCGGGUCCUCAAUGAAUAUUCAUUUGAAUGAAUGAGUGAGUAAGUGAAUGAAUAAAUAAAUAAAAUGAGAUUUUUGAAGGCUAAGAAGGAUUUUGCCAGAAUGGAAAACAGGAAGAACAUUUUUGGCAGGUGCAAAAGCACAAAUAAGUAGGUUUUUAUUUUUGCUUUUAAAGUAUGGAUUGGCUGUCUUUCUAUUCUCCAGAAGGUGGGGGAGGAGGGGAAGCAGAGGAAGCAGUAAAUACUGUAAGAUCAAAAAGAAAAAAAGGAGAGAAAGUAAGCAAAUCAAUAAGGAAAUAUAAAAUAUGGAUAGGCUCAAAUAUGGUAGUAAUGAAAGUAAUUGUAAGUGGCUUGCUAUACUGUAGCAAGAAAGGGGAGGCCAGGAAAGAAACAGACAGGCUGUGUUCUGAGGACAA